CGUAUCAACUGAACGUGGGUCACAUGACCCACCGUGUGAUGAGGCUGCGCUGCUGCUGCUGUCGAGCUGAGUUUCACCUCCUGCAACUUCACACACUCUUACACGCCCCAACACACAUUCUCCCAUUCCCCGGAGCCGCAGCGGACUGCGAGUGAUGGAGAAGGUCUGGAGUGUGUGCUGCCUUCAGUCAGAUAUGCUAUGAGCUUUUGGAUAUCACCCAUUGUGCCAUAGUACACCCAGCACAUUUGUUCAACCCUUGACCCAUGGCCUCUAGUUACCCUCCUCCGUUUGAAGGCUCAGCUGAGGUAAAGGAGGGCUUCCUUUGCCCUCUUUGUCUGAAGGACCUGCAGUCUUUCUAUCAGCUGCAGGACCACUAUGAGGAGGAGCACUCUGGAGACAGCCACCAUGUUGGAGGACAAAUAAAGAGUUUAGUGCAGAAGGCAAAGAAGGCCAAAGACAAGCUUCUGAAACGGGAUGGAGACGAGAGAACUGAGACCAGCUAUGAGUCUUUCUACUGUGGAGGAGUGGACCCCUACAUGUGGGAGCCUCAGGAACUGGGAGCCACUCGGAGUCACCUGGAUCUUUUUAAGAAACACAGAGCUGCCAGGAUUGAUCAUUAUGUCAUCGAGGUCAACAAGCGAAUCAUUAGGUUGGAGAAGCUUACUUCCUUCGACAGAACCAACAUGGACGCUGGGAAGAUAAGAGCUUUGGAGAAGUCAGUGGUGCCGUGGGUGAGUGAUCACGAUGUACCGUUCUGCCCCGACUGUGGUGGCAAGUUCAACAUCAGGAACCGACGCCAUCACUGCCGGCUCUGUGGAUCCAUCAUGUGCAGGAAGUGUAUGGAAUUUGUGCCGCUGCCGCUGGCCUGUAAACUAACCAGCAGCACCCGAGAGGCACUGUUUGUGCCAGGCAGUCCAGGGAAGGGGGGGUCCCCAAGUGCUGGAGGUCCUGCAGCACCACAGCAGCAGCUUCCACGUCGUGGUUCUAUCAGCAGCCUAUCUUCAGUCAGCUCCGUGCUGGAGGAGAAAGAUGAAGACCGCAUCCGCUGCUGCCGCCACUGCAUGGAAGCUUUGCUCCGUCACCAACACAAGCUGGAGGAGAAAGAUCAUGUGCCUGACAUUGUCAAACUUUACGAGAGACUGAGGAUCUGCAUGGACAAGGUGGAUGAGAAAGCUCCAGAGUACAUCCGCAUGGCCGAGUCACUCCAUGCCGGUGAGAUCACCUAUAACCUGGAAACUGCUGGUGUUCUUAGGAUGGAAGUGCAGAAAUACUAUGAGCACAUUGAUGCUCUGAGUAAGAAGAUUUUAACACUAGGGAUGAAAGAUGAUGUGCAGCCUCACCAGAGGACACUCCAACUGCAGAGGAUGGUGCGCUACUCAGCCACAUUGUUUGUACAGGAAAAGCUUCUGGGUCUGAUGUCUCUUCCUACAAAGGAGAAAUAUUUGGAACUGAAAGAGAAAAGGAAAGUGGAGCAGGAGAAAAGAAUCCAGCAGGAGAGACUGGCAGCCCUGGAGUCACAAAAGCGUCAUUCUGAAAUCGACAAGAACCGUACAACCCUCAACGCUAAUGGAGAUGCCCUCCGGCCCGCCGGCGGCCCUCGCAUGACCAAAGCCGGCGGCUGGUUGCCCUUGUCAGACACUGCCCACUCGCGCAGCCGUGAACUGGACGACCCUCUGCUGCAACAGAUUGACAAUAUCGAGUCGUUCCUGAAACAGGCGAGGGCGGCCAAUAGGACGGACGAGAUCGCCAUGCUUGAGGAGAACCUGCGGCAGCUGCAGGACGAGUUUGACGCCCAGCAGACUAGCAGAGCCAUUGAGCUGUCUCAGCAGCUGGCUGAUGAGGAGAGCCUGCAACAGAGCCAGAUCCAGUACCUCCAGAAAAAGAAGCUGGAGGGUAAAAUGCCCAUUAGAGCACAAACCUUGGAUUUCGGAGAAGUGAGAAAUGCAGCAGAACGUACAGAGAAGGAAUUCGAUUCCAGAGAAAAUCUAAAUGCAAGCCCAGUGCUUAGUACACUGCUUAAGACUCAGUCAAUUAAAUCAUUCCCACGUUUACCUGGGAAUUCGCCACCACUGCAGAGAGAUGAGCGCGCACCGACACCCCCUGCUGGAGAGACCCAGAACAGCAGCGGCACUGCUUCUCUAAAUCCAUUCGAUGAGGCAGAUUCCACGCCGAUUGAGGAAGAUCCAACAAACCCAUUCAGUGAAGAAAUCCAGAAAGAACACAGCCAAGUGUUGAGCACACAAAACAAAGAGUACAACCCUUUUGAGGACGAGGAGGAUGAGGAAAAGGAAGGGAAUAACAGUGGCUCUGGAAAUCCCUUUGAAGAUGAAGAUGACAAUGGUAACGACAACCAAGGUAACCCUUUCAAGACACCUAACAAAACUCUUAACAAGACACCAGCAGCUUCAACCAAUCCCUUUGACAAUGACCAUAAUGAAGGCCCAGCAACGGACGACAUAAUCGAAGAAGAGUUACUCCUGCAGCAGAUCGAUAACAUCCGAGCAUACAUUUUCGAUGCCAAGCUAAGCGGUCGCACCGAUGAAGUGGAACUGCUGUCACAAAACCUGAGAGAGCUACAGCGCACCCUACAGCAGCAGAAGAGAAAAACACACUGACCUCCAUCCACCUUUCCUCCUUAGCCUUUCUCCUGAUGUACAGUAGUCAGGACACAUUUAAUGUCCUGAAUUGUCUUGCCAUUUGUCACAGUUAAAAACAGACAUACAUACAUACAUACAUAUAUAUACACACACACACACACACACACACACACACACACACACACACUGUGCUGGGGGUCCACAGUCCAGCAGGUUUGGUGCUGCUCAAAAACACCUAUUCAAUGUGGACCAGAUGUUUCUAAGCAGUAGACUGUGUGACCCUUUAAGACCAGGAGCAGUUUUCAUCCCCUGGACUAUAGUUCCACUCACUCACAGAAUCACAAAGGCAUGAACUUCUAACUGGACACUGCUUUCAGAUCUUGUUAUGUAUAAAUAAGUGGGGUUGAAACAAGACUUAACAGAUAAAACCUGGUGAGAAUUACUGAUCUGAACAAACUAUUAUUUCAGGGUUCUUCAAAUCCGUUCCUGGAGGGCCAUAUUUAUUCAUUUCUGGAGCUUUGUAUAGCAAAGAACUUGACAAAUUGAUAUUUAUUGCCAUACACGGCUUAAAAUUAUGUAUAUAUCAUAUAUAAGGUUCAGAGGUUAAACUAAGGCUGCACAGUUUAUUAUUUCAGUAUCUUCAUUGUAAUUUAAGCAAAAAUCAGGAUUUUUUCUCAGAAACUCACAAAGGUCCAUAUCUUAGAAUUGAUUAUAUUUACUCCUUAAAUACACAGACUGCAUUGUUAAUUAUCAUGGCAUGUUGGAUCAUUGGCUCAUUUACAUGUGGGGUAGGGCUGCAUGAUACUAAACAAUACAGAUAUUGCAUUAUUUGUGUGUACUGCUACAUUUUGGAUUAUGCAGUGUUUUGAAUGAAGAUUUCCUGUUGAAUGGGACAUUGUAGGCUUAAGUGUAGGCUUAAUCUCGGGAGUGUCUCGGAAACUAGUUCGGAAAAUCAUUUGCAGAUGUGCACAGACAGUUUUUCACUACAGGAAAUGUUCUGCAUAAAAAAGAACUGGCAUCUGUGUAGAGAAGGUCAAAUUACAGUUUAAGAAACAUGUUCUGAAUCAUUUAUAAAACCUAUAAAAGUAAUGAAUAGGUUGUAGCUUUUAAAUGUGAUUUUUUUUUUUUUGGUGCGUUUACUAUGCUCAGAUUUACACGGCGUGGCACGCUGACCCUCCUUCACCCUCAGAGAAUUUCUAUUCGUAUUUCAACCUGCGAUCUCAUUAAUUAAGUCUGUGACAUGACAAACUGUAAAUUACCCAGAAAAUGACCAUGUGGGCUCACGCCAACAUUUUCUGGACUUUUUUUCAAAGAAGCUGUCUGGUAAAGGGUAAACUGAUUAGAAUGUGUGUUAACAUUAGAGCUGUAAGAUACAUUUUAUAAUAUUUUUAUAGUUAUUGUAGUUAUAGUUUUUUUAAGUAAAUAAGAAAUAGAAAAGGCUUCAAUUAGUUUGUGAAUAUAAAACAAAUUAAAAAUGCAUUUCCUGCGUGCACCAGCAGACUGAGGACUUUGAUCCUCUGACAAAAUGAGGCUGGAGGUAGAGUGACAUACAAGCUGACAGUAAACACAUAUUAAACUGCUUCUUAACCUGAAAAACAUUAGUGCAGCCAAGUGCCAACAAACCGUAGAGAAGCUUAAACUAAUUUGGAAUUUUCAUUGUAUUUUACUUCAGGUUAUCUAAUACUGUUUUCACAUAUCAGAUGUUUUGUCUGUACUAAACGUUUAACACAUGCAGCUUCUCUCUGUAGUGAGUUACCGUUUGUGUGUGUUUUGCUGGACACUGGCCUUCAAAGACUGGAUUUGAAGAACUCUGCAUUUCGUUCUUGAUUAUUUAGUGCUUUUUUAAUCUUUUGAUAUUGUUUGCUAAUCUAAUACAAACAGCCUAACACCUUGUGAGCCAAGCCAACAAACAUGCCGAUUCAAGCACCUUGAUUGAAAAUCAUGCACUUUUAACACAAGGUAACCAUUAAUGGAGAACUGCUAGCCUUUCACUAAAGCCACAUUAGAGUUGACAUCAAGUUUUGUUAUGGCUAAUUGUUUAUUUAAAGAACUGGACAUUCUACUGCUUUUUAGUUUCAGCAGGCUGGGAAUUACACUAUUGUUACAUGUGAGAAUUGAGGCUUUCUCUGAAAAAAGAAUUAACAAACUUCCUGAAAGAUUUUCAUACUUUUGUGGUAUAUGUGUGAUACUUCACUCAUUGGCAGAAAUAAAUUACGCACCAGGCAACAGGAUGACCUGUACAUCACUGAGCUUUUAGUCUUCUUUCACCACUAGCAGGGGUGACUGUGUUAUGUAAAAGCUCUUCAGAUCACAACAGAGGUUGGGAUAGUGUGUCACCCAGCAAAUGCAGGAUUGACAUGUUACCACCAAGCCUUCAUACUUAAACCCAAUAGUUGUGGGAUCCCAAAUUUUACCUGUAUUUCUCACAUAGCAGUCCAGGUUUACCCUCUCAAAUUCUGUCAAUUAAGCAAAAUGUCUUUGAGUGUAUGGUUGAGGCAUGUCUAGCAGUCAUUGAUCUCUCUCUGGGAGGUGCACUACCCAGAAGUAGAUGUUGAUGUUACUGCAUGCUGAGCUUUGCAGCAAUCCAGGGCCGUUAUAUUUUUGACAGUAAGCGUUUAACUAAUGACCAGCAGGCUAUUUAUUUAUAAGUUACUGAUUAACACUAGCAUGUAAACAUGGAAACACAAAGCUGAAGCAUGUAUGAUGACCCUGCAUGCAGACCUUAUGAGCAGCAUAACAUCUUUGGUGGAAUUAAAGAAAGUGAGUAUGUUGGUAAACUAACAGAUUCUAAAUGCAAACUCUGAACGAAAGCCUUUUUCAUGUGUUGGCCUCAGUGUGAAGUUAAACUACAAACUUGUGAAAGUGGUGGAAUGUCCCAUGUAAACAGUCCCAGCAUCAUAACACCUGACUUAACAUGUUUAUGCCACUAAAUGCAACUUCUUCUAGCUGUGCAUAACUUCUCUACAUGGUUAUGCUGUACCUUUACAGACUUCUACAUUUUUAAUGCCAUUGUUGGAUGUAUGCUUUAUUAUUUUAGCUAAACUUUAGCUACAAAAUUGACAUUUUAUAUAACACUAAAUCAGUUAUGUGCUGUUUAAAAUGUUCUUACUCUACAAACAUUUCACUUUAAUUGAAGAGCGUAGCUGUUCAUUUCAUGGUUGUGUUAGGGUUAAGGCUUAUGUAUCAUAAACCAGCAGUAUUCCACUACGCAGACAACUGCACAGGAUCAAGCGUGGCGCCUUUCUGAAACAUGUCUUGAUGUCCUUCUAACAAGGAGUAGGCUGAAGUAAUGUGUAACCGUCUAUGAAGUGUCUGGUGACUGAAUAAAAUGCCUGUAAACAUUUUAGAGCUAUCAGAACAUAAACACUGCACUAAUAAAAAAUGACCAAGUAAGAACAGAA